GUGAGCUGUGAUUGGUCACAGCUUGUCACAUGGUACAAGGUUGUUGUGAAUAGCCUUGUACCAUGUGAUCUCUGUGAUCAUUCACAGAUUUCACAUGUAGUAAGCAAUGAUGUGACAGAAGUGACAUCUUUUUUACUACUUUCAUGUGAUCACUGAUUGGCCAAUCAGUGACCACAUGAAUCGGGACCUCACACAGAGGUCCCGUACAACGAUCGGUGUUCCAUUGUGUUCGGAGGACACAGCGGGCACCGGAUCGCGGUGCUGCGUGCUCCUAGGGAGUGCGCACGAGCAGGUGGCAGGGAGGCCAUUUAUA